CACACCGGCACACCGGCUCACAAGUAGAAAAUCCUGCGGUGCCACUUCCCAUGACCGCUCCCGCGCCUUCCUUCAACGCCAAGGCGUGGAUGGCCGCCAACGACCCGGGCGGGUCCUCUCGUCGGGUCGGGAUGGACCAGCUCACCACCCGGCUCGAAACGCUGCAGCUCGAGCACGACGCGCUCACGGCGCUGCUCUUGGACGAGGAGCGUGCGGAUGCCGCUGCCCUCAGAGAGGCCGGCACCCAGAUCCCGACGCUCGACGGCCAUGUGAGCACGCUGCAGAGCCGGGUGGACGCCGUCGCCGUCGGCGACGAUCACGGGCUGCGUGCGCAGCGCAAGGCGCUAGUGCAGGCGUCGGCGGCCCUGAGCGAGCAGGUGCAGAAGCUUCCCGCGGCGCUGUCUGCUCGCGUCGCCACAGUGGCUGAGCGACACAGGCUCGCUGGCAACGACCACUACCGCAAGCGGCACUACGACGCCGCGAUCCGCUGCUACACGGACGCGAUUGCCGUCGACCGCCGCAACCCAGUCUACCUGUGCAACCGGAGCGCGUGCCACCAGGCCAAGGAGCAGUGGAGGCUGGCGGUCGCCGACGCGAGGGCGGCUGCGGCGCUGGACGUGAACUCGCCCAAGGCGUACUCCUUCCAAAUCAAGUCGCUGCUCCGCCUCGGCGAGGCGAGGGAGGCGGCGCGUGUGCUGCAGGCCGCUCCGCUGGUGCUCCGCGCAGAGAACGCGGACCUCGUCGCGCUGAGAGCGACGCUGCUCGGCGAGCUCAAGGAGCGCGGGAACGCGUGCUUCAAGGCUUCGCAGAACGACCAGGCGAUCGAGCUCUACUCCCUGGCCAUCGACCUCGACGGCGCCGCGUCGGCGGUCUACCUCUCGAACCGAUCCGCCGUCCACCAGGCGAAGCGGAUGUGGCGCGAGGCUGCGGCGGACGCGCGGCAGGCCAUCCGGGCGGACCCGUGCUUCGUCAAGGCGCACCUCCACCUCGGGAAGGUGCUGCUGCAGCAGCGGCAGCUCGGCGAGGCCAGGGAGGCGGUGCAGCGCGGCAUGGCCACGCUGCAAGAGGCGGGGCAGAACGCCGCGUGCGCGCCUCUGCAGGAGCUGCUGCAAGCCAUCAUGCAGCAGUCCGGCGGCGGCGGCGGCGGCGGCGGCGGCGGCGGCGGCGGCGGCAGUGGCAGUGUGUGCAGCGGCGGCGAGAGCUCCGGUGCGGGCACGGGCACAGCCGCGGCGCUGCGAGAGCAGGGCAACGCGCUGUACAAGGCUGGCCAGUACGCCGAGGCGCUGCGGCUCUACUCGCAGGCGGUCGGUGCGGAGCCGAGGAACGGCGCGCUGCACGGCAACCGCGCGGCGUGCUGGAUGAUGCUCGGAAAGUACGAGCGGGCUGUGGCCGACUGCUCGGAGGGGCUGCGGCACGAGGCGGGCUCGGAGCUGGGCAAGCUGCGCGGCCGGCAGGCGACGGCUCUCACGCGGCUCGGCAAGCUCGACCGCGCGGCGGAUGUGCUGCAGCAAGGGGCGCUGCGGGGCGGCGAGCACGCGGAGGCGCUCGGCGCGCAGCUGAGGAGCGUCAAGGGGCUGCAGGCCAGCCUCGCCGUCGGCAGGCAGGCGCUGGAGGAGGGCGCAUUCGGCAAGGCGAAGCGCUGCGCGCUCGAGGUGGCUGGCGGCGGGGUGAGCGAGGACCCGGAGGUGUGGCUGCUGCUCGCGCGAGCGCACCUGUCCCUCGGAGAGCAUGUCGAGGCGGCGCGCGAGGCGCAAAAGGCGAUCGCGCUGGACGCGGACACGCUCGACGCGUACACGCUGCGCGCAGACGCGCUGGUCGGCAUGGGGCUGGCGGAGAAGGCGAUGAGGCUGCUUCGGGACGGGCUACAACGCGACCCGGACAACGAGGCGGCCGGCGGGAGCAGCGCCCGCUCGCCCGCGGCGGCGGCGGCGCUGCGACGGCUCAAGCGCAAGGCGGCCGGGCACGCGCGGGUACGCGAGGAGCUGCAGGAGGCGUUCCGUCUGCGCCGCUUCGAGGCGGCGGCCGCGCUCUGCGCCGAGGGGCUGCGCUUGGACAGCGACGACAAGAGGCUGGCCGCCGGCUUCUACGCGGACCGCGCGAAAGCGUACCAGCUCCUUGCGCGCUCGCGGGCGCGCGGCGAGACGCGACGCGAGCGCGAGGACGCGGCGGCGGCCAAGCUGGGCGGCGGCGGCGGCGGAGGGGGGGGCGGAUCGCUGCGCGAGCUGGCGGCGGACGAGGCGGCGCCGCCCGAGGGCGAUUCCGACCCGCGGGCCGCCGCGCCCGCCUGCUGGAGACGCUGCAUCCAGGAGGCCGGCCGCGCCAUCUACGCCGAGCCGACGCUCCUCGCGCCGUACUUGCUCAAGGCGGAGGCGCUGCAGGCGCUCGAGCGCUGGCGCGAGGCGCUGGCGACGAUGGAGCAGUGCGUCAACUCGGAGCCGUCGCGCCGCAGCGACCAGGCCGUGCUGCAAAAGGUGGUCGAGGCGCAGUUUCUGGUCAAAAAGUCGGAGCGCGACGACCUCUACGCGUUGCUGGGCGUCACGGGCGUGGGCAGCAAGGCGUCGGAGAAGGAGGUUCGCGCGGCGUACAAGCGCGCGGCGCUCGAGUGGCACCCGGACAAGCACGCCGAAGAGUCGGCGGAGCAGAGGGCGGAGGCCGAGGCGCACUUCAAGAAGCUCGGGGAGGCGCUCGAGAUCCUCACGGACCCCUUCAAGCGCAAGCUGUGGGACGAGGGCCACACCGUCGAGUCCAUCGGGCAGCAGGCGCAGCAGCGGCGGCAGCAGCAGCAGCAGGGCCGCCCGCGGUGAUAGCGCUUAGCGGCGUAGAGCCGGUAGAGAGUUUGUUUUUGUCAAAAGUAAGAAAAU